CGACAGGCCCGACAACUCGAGAAGGUGUUGCGCCCCAAGAGCGAAGGCAGGCGACCGCGGCAAGAUGCUGCAGAUCAAUACCAAGACGGCGGCGCGAUGAGCAGCCGUCAGCACAAUCACGCCCUUCGCCCGCCCCCCGCUGGCUCGUCACCCAUGUACGCCGUCGCGGCCAGAGGAGGAAGAGAACGAGGAGGCCUCUCGUCGGCGGCCUCGGCAACGCCGUCGCUGGCCUCAUCGACGGCCACGUCGAGCCGCUUCAGCCUUUCGACAGCCUUUGUCGGCCUUUCUGAGCGCGAUGUCGACUUCUUUGACGAGGUCAUCGACCUGCUUCCCCAGGGCGCGUCCGACUUUGCCAGCCUCAAGCGGGCCUACAAUACGAUCCAAGCCAGUCAACGAGACGGCGAGCGCGGCGACGAUGACGAUGGCGACGACAAGCUUGCAGAGGAGCGGGACGCGUACCUCUGGGACACGCUUCUCCGGCUUAUCCAAGUCCGGGGAAAGGACUGGAACCAGCGCUGGGACGCCGUCAGGAUGGCCAUUGGCCUCGAGCCCCGCGUCGCCAGCGAUGGCGAGGCCACGAGCGCGUCUUUGGGCGACGACGAGAGCAGCCCCGCCAAGGACACCUCCGAAGAUGACUCGCCAGUCGAGGAAACGCCGCGGCGCUACCAGCCCACGCUCAAUAGCCGAGAUGCAGACGCGAGCCCAUCGGUGAAUGCGCUCCUCCAUCGGAGGAGAGACGAACAAGCACCGCAGUCUCAGUCGCAGAGAUCGGGUGAGAUCGAGGCGCUGAGGGCGAGGAUGGAGCAACUUAGUGCACAGGCUGGCUCGCUGGUCGCUGCUGCCACUGCUGCCGCUGCCACCGCCGCUUCCACUUCUUCUGCAAAAGCCACCAGCGCUACAAAGGCUGCCACUUCAGACAUGGGCCUCGCACGACGCCAGCUUCGAUUUGCAGACGAGGGGCGCCAAGCACGGGUCGAGAGCGCGAGCGACGACGAGGCGCCUCCUUCGCACGUCUCGUCCAGGGCUGAGAGGCUACCACGCAGCCAGAGCGAGCUGGCAUUUCCUGCGCGGCAUCACCCAGCGGGACGGCCAGACCAUCAAGGACUGAAGCGAAAGGAACCGCAAGGCAGCGGACGCAGCGACAACAAAAGCAGUAACAGUAACAACAUUGUCGAUGGACUCAACAGGCUGCAGCUCGAUCCGCUCCAGGAGCGACAGGAGAGACGACUGCGGCGGGACACGGCCACCCAGCGGCGCUUCGAAGAUGUCGUCGCUCGCUCACGCUCAGAGCGUGAGGCGCAGCGGCAGGCCGACGAGGCAAGGAAGGAAGCAGAGGAGGAAGAGACCCGGCGGUCGCUCUAUCGCAAAGCCGACUCGGUGCUUGCAUCGACACUCACUCGCAAGUGUCUGACGUGGUGGACGACUCUGUAUAGACAGCACCAGCGCAUGGAAGAGCAGACGAGGCGGGCCAGAGACGAGGUGGUCAAGGCCAAGGCACUGGUGCAAUGGAGGACCAGCUGGCAGAAGAGGGAGACGAGGCUGGUGACGGCUGGGAAACUCGACCUCGUCCGAUGCCAGCUUCGUGCGUGGCGGCGCUGGAUCAGGAUGGCCGAGGCACAGCGCCAGCAAAGGCGAGAGGCGAGGCGAAGCGAGCUCAGAGGCGCCUUCGAGCAGACACGGUCCAACUUCGAGGCGCAGGUGCUGCGGGGAGCGCUGGACACCUGGAGGGACGCCUUCCUCGACCGGGUCGCACGGCGUUUCAGGCAGACUCACUUGCUCUCGGGUGCACUGGCGCUCUGGAGGAUCCAGCUGGAGAGAAGCACGCUCCUCGACGAACACGAGCAGCAGCUCCGGCGCGAUCUCGACAGUGAUCUGCUCCGCCGAACAUGGCAGCAGUGGACUGUUACAACGACACUAUCCCAGGCCGAAAGCCGGAUCACGACGGAGAGGGAGCACCGACUGGUUCAGGAGAGCUGGCAGCUGUGGAGGCGAAAGGCCUCUCUCUCGAUGCUCGCCAAUACUUUUGCGAACCACCGACUGCAGCGAGCCUAUCUGCUCCAGUGGUCCGCCGCACGAGCGUCGAAGGCCUCAGUCCGGAGAAAGGAGGCACUGGCGGACCGAUGGCGUGCAAGACGAAGCAAGCGGUCGGCGUUUGGGUCGUGGGUCGCGCGACUUCGCACACUGCAGGAGAUGGACGAAGGGGCGGCAAAGCUGGUCCAAUGGCGAGAGAGCAAGACGAAGCAAACGUGCAUCAAAGUGUGGGUGCUCCGCGAACGUGAGGAGCUCCUGCGCCGUGUGACGAGCUCCAGAGUCGUCACGGCCCGCUUCCAGCAGUGGUUGGGCCACUUCAGGUCCCUGCGCGACGACCUCGAGGCCAGGCAGGCAGUCCUAGAAGAGAAGCGGAGAGCGCGGACAAUGGAGGCCACAUUUGCAUCGUGGAGGCACGUCACUCUUCAAGUCGUAGCAUCUCAAAGCCUCGCUGCCCAGCGGGACUGCCGAAAGGUGCGGGCUGCCGCAUUCAAUGCCUGGCGGGAUCGGUUGGACAAGAUCAGGGCCAACGAGAGAAAGGCAGAGGUCGUCGAGGUGCAUCUCACCAAGCGAAAGGCGUUUGGCGCGUGGACCGAGGCUGUUCGACGGGCGAGGCUCGAGGGCGUGCUCCAAGCAAAGGACGUCUCGCUGCUCGGUGCAGCCUGGGCCGCCUGGAGAGACCUCACCGCAGAGCGACAGCGCGAGAGACUCGCCGUCGCGGUCUUCCAGGCGAGGGCCGAUGAGAGGCUGUCGCGCUCCUGCCUGACUCGCUGGACCGCACAGGUCAUCGACCGAAGGGCCGCCCUGCUCGAGGCUGGCGAUAUGCGCGACGGCCUCCUCGUGCGGCGGGGCUGGGAUCACUGGGUGCGACGUUGCCAGCGCCACGAGGAUCGGUCGAAGCUGUGUAAGAGCUUCGUCGAUGUCAAGCGCGAAGAGUCUGCCCGGCGCAUCUUCCACCACUGGCUGGCCUCGAUGCGCAUGGAGCGAGUCCGCAGGGAGAAGGUAGACGCGUUCCAAAAGAGGCAGGCUCUGGCGAAGAUGAGGGCUGCUUGGGAUGCGUGGUAUGAUCGGCUGGUCGAGACGAGCCUGAGGCCGAUCGAGAACGCGGUGCUCGACGCCAGGCAGCAGGCGGCCAUGGCGAGGUGCCUGGCCGUGUGGGAGAGACGGACAGACUGCCUGCCUGCGAUACGGUUCCACCAGGCCCUCAUCCUCUCGCACGCCCUCUUUAAGUGGAGAGACACGCUGCCACUCGCACAGGGCAAACGGGUGGCUGAGCAAACGGACCGGCGAGCCAUGUUUGCAAAGGCUUUUUACCACUGGAUGGACAAGGCAAAGACGAAGCGCAAGCUUAGGGCAGCCGCUCGCUUUGGUGGGCCCUCUGCGGCGGCGAGGCUGCGCGCGACGACGCACCAAGCGCGGAGAAGCAGUCCCUUUUCGUCGAGCCCAGACCCAAGGAAGCAAGUAGCGAGACAGACGCUCAGACCAAGACGCAGCUCCAGCGUGAGGGGCCAGGCCCGAACGGAGAGGAGCGACGAGCGCGAGGAAACAGCCGACCGCAUCAGGGAGCUGGGGUGGACGUCCUCGCUCAUCGAAUCUGCCGAUCUUCAGGCACGUCCCACCACGCCAACAGCUCGGCGCAGAGGCGUGCUUGAAGAGAGGGAAGCAGAGCCGGAGCAGCCCCUCCCAGAGGCAAAUACGGCCCUGCAUCGAUGGAGAUCGGCUGCAAGUCGUGUCUUUUCACCACCCCCCGAGAUCGAGUCCAUCUCGGAGCCAUCAGAAGUGCCGACUGCGCCGUCGUCGGUCCCCACCGAGGUUGAAGGGGACUAUCGACUCCCUUUCACCUCGAGGAGGAGGAGAACGGCGGCUGCGGCUCAGGAGGAGGAGAUCCGGAGCGAAGGCACCGUGAUGAAGAUCAAUCGCUCUCCGAGGAAGAGGAAGGGCAUUCAAGGCCAGAGAAGGCGAAGUGAAGAGGAGGACGAGACGGUCAAACUGGCGAUCGAGGAUCUUGUCACGAGGAGGAGGAGCCGGAUACUAUGACAGCGCCUGUAUCAUAACUCAAACCUUGUCUAUUAAUAGCAUGUAUU